AUGCGUCUCCCCAGCGUCCUCCUCGCCACCCUCGCCCUGGCCAGCCCCCUCGCCCGCGCGCAGGACCUCGACUCGCUCCUGGCGGACGCGACCUCUCUCGUCUCGAGCGUCGUGUCGGCCAUCGGCACCGACACGGCCACGGAGCCGCUCAUCACGAGCAUCGAGUCGGCCAUCCAGAGCGCCACCAGCGCCUUGUCCCUGACCGGUGACGCGGGGAGUCUCGUCUCCUCGUACAUCUCCGAGGCGAGCACGGCCCUCGCCUCUGCGACGGAGACGGGGUCGGGGUCCGCGGCGACCACCGGGACGGCAUCGACAUCGGCCGAUGGCUCAGCUGCGACGGGUGAAGGGGACUCCGGUAAUGCGGCGGCAGCACUGUCGGCUGCAGGCGUCUUUGUGCCCGCGGCUCUCGUCGGUGUUGUGGCUCUGUUGUAG